ACCGAGCAGCUCCGCACACGAUAGACUGCUGCAUGGAGAUGGGAAAAACUGGGGGUCUCUGGUGGACCAGCCUGGCUUCGGCAACCGUCAACGGUUAGAGUCAGACAUAGGGAAAUUCAUUCAGAUGCAUGGUACAAUCCAGUUUUAAAAUACUAAACGUAUAUAGCCUAACCUUCGUCCAGUGUGAUUAUUCCCCAUAAUAAUGCGUUACUGACGGAGGUCUGACGGAGUGUUCUAUUUAAUUCGGUGAACUCUGUGGGUCUGCGUGUUUGGAGAAUUUCGGAUUAGGUGACACAGCGACUCUGGACCCUGAUCUAACAAACACACACACACACACACACACAGGAUGCCCGUGGAACUCUGGUCUCCUGGACUGAAACAGAACAGCGCAUGAGUGUGUCCCUUGGUGUCAGGUACUGUAGAGUGUGUGAUGGCUAACGGCGGGGACCCGUUCGCCAUCACAGAGCGCAUGGACACAGACAACGAAUCACCGAAAGAGAACCAACCCGAGAAUCACACAAGCUCCAGCUCUCCACCGUCACCGGAGACCUCGUGCACACAGCAGGGGAUGGAGGGAAUAAAAGUCUACCUGCACGAGCGCGAGCUGUGGGAGAAGUUCCAUGAGGUCGGAACAGAGAUGAUUAUCACUAAAGCGGGAAGGCGGAUGUUCCCCUGCUACAAGGUGAAGGUUACGGGCCUCAACCCUAAAGCCAAGUACAUCCUCCUCAUGGAUAUCGUGCCAGCGGAUGACCACCGCUACAAGUUUGCAGAUAAUAAAUGGUCUGUGACGGGGAAGGCGGAGCCGGCCAUGCCAGGGAGGUUGUACGUCCAUCCUGACUCUCCGGCCACCGGAAGCCACUGGACACGUCAGCUUGUCUCCUUCCAGAAACUCAAACUCACCAAUAACCAUCUGGACCCCUUCGGACAUAUCAUAUUAAACUCCAUGCAUAAAUACCAGCCCCGCCUCCAUAUCGUCAAAGCAGACGAAUACAACAGGUUUGGUUCCAAGAACACAGCCUUCUGCACGCACGUGUUCUCAGAGACCGCCUUCAUCGCCGUGACAUCAUACCAGAACCACAAGAUCACCCAGCUGAAGAUAGAGUACAACCCGUUCGCUAAGGGCUUCAGAGGCAGUGAUGACAUGGAGCUGCACCGCAUGGCUAAGAUACAGGGUAAGGAGUAUCCGGUGGUUCCUCGUAGCUCAGUGCGUCAGAGGGUGUGUCCUAGUGGGAGUCCGUUUGGGGGGGAGGCGAGGGGGUUGGGUUUGCACCCCUAUUCCUGUGAGAAUGGGGUGAGCAGCACCACCCAGGACCUCCUCAUCCCCCCUCCAGCCCCCUACACCCUCCCCCAACCAGACACACAGGAACACAUGCAGGUGUACCACUGCAACAAGAGAAAAGCGGAUGAUAGCUGUCCUACAGCAGAGAAUCACCAGUACAGGAAGCCCUACAUCGUCAGUUCUCCCAGCAACGACGAGUCUUACUAUCAGCCGUCUGCUUACCCUCAUCCCCCUCUCCCUCCCUCCGUCCACCCCCCUCCCCCUGGUCUCUCUGACUCCCCAUACAGGUCAGAGGCGGGGCAGCGGCAGGCGUGUAUGUUUGCUGGCUCAGAGCCCAGACUGGACAACCUCAGCUGUACAUCCUGGUCCUACAGCUGCCCAUUGACUCCACCCAUGGCCCCCAUGACCCCUACUGACCCCUACACAACCUUCCCCCACCAGCCCUACUCCUCCAGUCCCCGGAACGCUCAGCUGAGCUCCAUAGCCCACCAAGGCUCUCAUCCUCUGGGGGACUCUCUCUCGCACGGCCAGACCCAGAGCUCCAGACCACACCAGACACCCCAACACCCCAGCCCACCCCUCACAGAGUACCACCGCUACCCCUCCUCCCCAUCUCCUCCUCAGUACCACACCCUUCACACACAUGUCAGGGGAGGGGUCUCCGAAUGGAGCGAGGCCACCUGAUUGGACCACAGGUGUAGGGGAAAGACUCUGAUUGGUGGCUUGGGGUUAUGUUUAUGUGAGGUGUUCUCAUUUUAUGUGUGAAGAGAUUUAAUUGGCCAGUUGUGUGUUUCCCUGUGCCAUGGGUGGAACGUUAGAUGGUCUGUGUGUUAUGUUUAAGUCCAUCCUCCUCUGACUGGGACCUCUCUGGAAGGAACUGAUGUUAGAGGAACUUGGUGGAUAAGCAUUCAAACUAGAGGGACAGGAAGAAAGAUGAUGCCAUCAACUAAAACGUUCCAAGCUUCAUUCCUGAGACUGUUUUUAAUACAGUAUGUGACCUGUCUGUCACCCUGUCACCCUGUCACCCUGUCCCCUGAAGAUGUGAGACUGUCUCUCUAUGGCCGUGGUUCCCAGUUGGUUUGUGACCCACCGAAAUCCCUGUGAUCCAACAGACAAAACCAUAUUUCUAAUCUGUGUGUCAGCUCAGCUCAGGGCUGCUGUGAGUUAAUGUCGGCUGAGAGGGGCUGCGGAGGCCACAGGCAGAGCAGAAGAGAGAUAAACUGUUAGUUUACACCAGGCUGCAGGGAGGAAGACCUGCACACACACUGACAAACACAGAGAACUUGUUUAGAGGCUGCCGCAUGGCAGAAGACCUGUACACACUCCCAUUGAAUUUUGGGUAUAUGCACAUCUCAUCAUCAUGCAGCUGUCACUGCUGGCCUCUCCCUCACCCCUAAACUGACCAAACAAAACUCUCUGAACUGACCAAUCAAAACUUUCCGUUUCUCUAAACUGACCUAUCAAUCAACACUGUCCUUUACCCCGAACUGACCAAUAAACACUCGAUCAACACUACAUUUCUGUCUCUCUCUGCCCCUCUCUCUUUGUCUGGGUUUCUACCCCCCCCCUCUUUCAAGCCAGUAGAAGGGAGUCAUAUAGUCACAGAAGGGUGUGUAUAAUCACAUUUUAAAACAUAUUUAGACAUCAUAUGAUUAUUGUUCUUGUCUAGAUAUUGUUUUCUUUUCCUUGAGAGUCAGUGGGUGCAUUAGUUGGAACCAGGUGAUGGCCUGGUGUUUUACACUAACACAGGAAGUGUUCAUAUUGGUUCACAGAGGAUCAGUAUGUAAGCACUGUAUGUGCAGAGAGCGGUGUGUGUGUGUGUGUGUGUGUGUGUGUGUGUGUGUGUGUGUGUGUGUGUGUGUGUGUGUGUGUGUGUGUGUGUGUGUGUGUGUGUGUGUGUGUGUGUGUGUGUGUGUGUGUGUGUGUGUGUGUGUGUGUGUGUGCGUGUGUGUGUGUGCGUGUGCGAAAGCAAUACUUUAAAAAGAGACGUCCUGUGAUCAUUUGAGAAGUGUUUGUACUUUAUUGUAUUGUUGUUGUUUAUAGUAUUUAUUGGCCUUGAGAUUUUGGCUGGUUUUGUUGUAAGAUGGUGAAAUUACAGUGUUGGUUGAAUUGUUCAAGUUGUUUGUUUCCCAUUGAAGUUUUUAUUUUUUUGCUUUUCUGCCUCCCGUCUCCUGUCAUUUCCUUUUGAAUACAAUAUUUAUCAUGGUUGUAAUAAAUGGCUUGUUACUUUU